AUGGCGCCCCUAUCUCCUGCAUCAAAGCAAGCAAUCGAGCGACUGAGGCGUUAUGUGCCGCCGCCAACGAAUUAUGAGUCCGUCCCACUCUCCCGUCGGGCUGCCGUGCUGCUUCUGCUCUUCGCCGAUCGACGAGGUGAUCUCCGGGUCAUUUUAACCAUCAGGUCUAACACUCUCAAUUCUUAUCCCGGUCAAGCCGCAUUGCCAGGCGGGAAGGCAGAUUCUCUAUCAGAGACGCCUUUCGAGACCGCUCGGCGCGAAGCGUUUGAGGAAAUCGGCCUGCCGAAUAUCGACCAGAAGCUCCCGUCCCCUUUUUGGGUGGAACAUCUCUGCGAAUUUCCUGCCAACCUCGCACGCACCGAGCUCGUCGUGCGACCAUGUGCGGCGUUUCUUCACUCGUUCAAUGAAGCCACGGGCGAAGACGCCGAUCCUGAAGAAGCGUUCAUGGCCCAAUUGGACGGCAAGGAGGUGGCCGCCGUCUUCUCCGGGCCUUUCCAUAAUUUCCUGAUGACAGAGGAUGAACCCCGUGGCGACGGUGAUCACAGUAUUCCAGGCGACCCGAACGAGUGGUAUGAAGGGACCUGGACCAAUUGGAAUGGGACUUGGUGGCGCAUGCACCAUUUCUUCGUUCCAAUAACAAACCAGAAAGUUACAAAGCCGAGAAGAAAGAGCAUCGACCGGGAUGCCGCCGUCGAUCAAUUAGAAGAACAGGAGAUUUCUAUGGGGCUAAGCCGCUAUCGCGUAUUUGGCAUGACCGCGCGAAUUAUAGUCGAUGCGGCGAGGGUGGCCUACGCAGAGGAACCCCAAUUCGAGCAUAAUAGUCAUUUUGGCGACGAGGACAUGAUCAAGCGACUGAAAAGAAUCGGCAGAUUCCAGGGUGCUCGAAAGGCUGGGGACCUGCUCACCAAGGAAAUAUUUGAUAAAGCUGCCAAAUUGUCGUGA